GAAACCAGUCGAGUUUGUGAACGAAAUCAAAACAAAAGCGUGUUUCUCUAUUUAUACUAAACUAGAGCCGGGUUAAGGACUAUUCUGAUAGGUUCAGACGUUGCUUUCACCAAAUUUACAGUCGUUAUCAACUGUCCAUUCGUUGCUUAUCAAAGGCAAUUUUUUUUGAGCGACUAGAAAGUUGUGUGCCGUCGUGUAGUGGUGACCUGCUCAUUUAUAUUCCAUCUUAUAUAAUAUUUAUUUUAUUAUAAUCGGCCUUUUUCCGUGUACAGUUUUUAACUAGCGGUGAUGUAAACAUCACCCCGUUGUUUCGUAAAAAGACUUUCCGACAAAAGGUUUAAUUAAAGUGCCAAACCUGGCUACUGAAAUUCGAUAUAGGAUUGGUAUGAGACUAAUCUUAAAAAAGUUCAUUAUCCAUACUUCUUCGGACCACUUUUCAGAGGAGUUUUCCGAGAAUUUUCUCUAGUUGUUAUUUCCUUUUUCUUUUCUUUGAGAAUCUUGGAUUAAGCCGCGAUCUAUUAUUUUUCUUGCUAAAGUUUGGUCGUAUAUGAACUACUCUUGUUGCUUUGACGGCCGGAAAUCCGACAAAGUAUUGACCCCAAACAGUAUCGAGAUUGAGAAUAUUGUUGAUCAUCAGCCAACAGCUACAAUGGAACCAAUUUUAGGAGCACCAGAGAAAGAAUCUAACUCGGAAAUGUCAUGUGGUGCCCAGAGCAGGCCCGUGCUGAAGAAAGGGGCCCUGAAGCAGUUCAGCCCUUUGUUGGUGGCCAUGAUUGGGCUACCGGGCAGAGGCAAGAGCCUUCUUGCAAAGAGGCUCUGUCGAUAUUUGAACUAUACAGGGGAGAGUUGCAAAGUAUACGACAUCUCAGAGUACCGCCGUAAACACAUGAAACAAUACGCCACACACGAAAUGUUCCGCGCCGACAACUUACCAGCUUGGCGCAUACGUCAACAGAGUUUUCGUGAGGCCCUGGAGGAGGCCUGCGGUUGGCUCGGUCAUCCUGGCCACCAGGUGGCGGUGCUCGACGGCCCUAACGUCUCGAGGGCGCAGCGACAGGAAAUCUACGAUCUCGCCCAUGGACAACUCGGUUUUAGGGUGAUGUUUAUCGAGUGCGUCUGUGAAGAUCCGGUUUUGCUUGAGAGAAAUUUUAAGGAAAUUCUUCAAUAUGGUGCCGACUACAAGAACAUGGCAACUGAGCAAGCCUUGAAAGAUCUUACCUUAAAAAUGGCCCACUAUAAAGCUCAGUAUGAGUCACCGACCUUGGGAAGCCUUUGGGAGUUACCUUGUCCUAUGGUAAAGCUUUUGGAUGGGGGUGAAGGUGGAGUCAUUGCUCAUGGUGUUACUGGAGUGAAAGAGGGGAAGAUUUUGGCUUAUAUUUCCACUCCAAAGCCCUAUCAGCAGACAUUGUACUUUAGCAGGCACGGUGAAAGCGAAUUUAACGUGAUCGGUAGGAUUGGUGGUGACGCUCCUUUGUCUCCCAGGGGUCGCAUGUACUCUCAAUCCUUGGCCAAGCACGUUCAAGCCCUUAAUUUGCCUUCACUUCAAGUAUGGACUUCCACUUUGCAAAGGACUAAAGCCACUAGUGCUUUAAUUAACGCACCUCAACAACAUUUACACGAAUUGGAUGAGAUUUGGUCGGGUGAUUGCGAAGGACUCUCCUAUGAAGAACUCCAGGAACAAUUCCCAAGAGAACUGGCUUUGCGCGACAAAGAAAAACUGAAAUACCGCUAUCCACAAGGCGAGUCUUACGUUGACGUUAUGCAGAGAUUGGUUCCGGUGCUCAGCCAGUUGGAAUGUGAAACAAACGUGCUCACUGUCAGCCACCAGGCGGUACUCAGGUGCAUCUUGGGCUACUUUUUGGAAACCGAGCCUGAAGAGAUACCUUAUAUGCACGUACCUCUGCACACAAUCAUCAAGAUCACUCUUCAAGGCUUCAACUACAACUUAGAAACCAUAAAAAUGCCCAUCGAGUGUGUCAACACCACCCGAGCCAAACCGAUAAACUGCUCCGAAAACAGGUCCACCGAAGACGCUCUUUUGACCCUACCUGCUCAUUUCGAAUCAAUGGCCAGUUUAACCAACAAUUUGGCAACAUGCAAUUAAUGAAAGGAAACGAAUUUUGGAUUUGGCGAUUUUGUCUUGCCAAUUAAUAAAAGAGAUGUUUUCAACAAAACGGAAUACUAAUACAACUCAAAAAUGGUAGUUGUAAGAUUUUCUAGAUUUAAAAAAUUGCGUUAUUGCAAUUGUUUAGUUGUAUUAGUAUUGGCUUCGGUGUGCGUUAUAUAGGGUAGGAAUUUAAGAGUGAAUAAUAAUUUUAGUGUCCUAAGAUAGUUGCAAUAAGAAUGAAUAACGACGUUUUUUUUUCUCUAACACAUUUUUAUUUUCGUUGUUGAGCUGAUAAUUUACAAAUCCCUUUGGCUAACAUUUAGCUGCAUACUAACAAACAAGACAUUUGUAAAAUUGGCGAUCUUCACAUUGAUUCAUCAAAUAAUAGUUACCUAUUUCCUGAGAAUAUAUUAUUAGAGAAAUGUCGGUUUUUUCGAUAGUUCAAAAAAAUGUUGGAAAUUAAUAGAGAUACAAUAAAAUCGUAGCCUUAGAAAUAUUAAAAAUCUUGACUGAAUAUAUCGUCAAUUGUAUAUAUAGAUUUAGGUUUCGUCUAAGUUUAAAAAAAUAGUUAAUAAUAGCAAGUGUUCUUUUGUUAUGCUUUAUGCGAUAAUCUUCCCGAGAGGCUAUUUUAAAAAAUCGGAAUUAUAUAAUUAUUAUACUUAUUUUUAAUAAUACAGCGGUGUUAAGCUAUACUUUUUUUGAAACACCCUGUAUGCUCCGUACGGGCAGGUUUUUGUUAAAAGGUAGUGUUAACUGUGAUUUUUUAAAUAUAGCAUUUUUUAUUUUUCCUAUAUGUUACGUUGUAUUUGAUUUUUCCUCUUUUUUUUUGAUGCACGUUUUUAGUUAGUUCUGUUAUAAGAAUAUAGAGAGAAAAUAUUAAAUGUAUUUAAAAGAAA